UGAUCAAUAGCUUAGAAAUUCAGUCAAGACACACAUUCUCCACUUCUUUUCACUAUUCUCUCUUGGAAAUAUCAUUGCGUUUACCUUGAAUAUCAUGACGAGUGUGCCUCUUGAAGACGAUUCCACAUUUAGAGGGAACCGAGUCAUCGUCUUCACCGCCAUCUGGAUUCCAGUUCAAAUCAUAUGUAUCGCGUUGCGUUAUGUUGCACGAUGGUUGAUCAAAGGACCUUGGGUUAGGGAUGAUUUUCUCAUAUUUACUGCACUGUUUCUUCAAAUAUGCCAGGCAGGUGUAGACAUAAGUGCGGUCAAACAUGGAGGCGCUGGCCAUCAUCUUGCCUAUCUCGAAAAGCAUCACCCUGACCAAGUUGCCGUCUGGUUUAAGCAUCUCCUCGCACUAGCUGCUAUCUACUGGGUUGCUGUAAAUCUUCCGAAGAUUGCGAUUUUGUGUCUUUAUCGUCGACUAUUCAUUGCAAAAUGGACUCGUAUCAUGAUAAGUAUUGUCAUGUUUGUUCUGAUUGGAAUGACUAUUGCGACGUUCAUAGUUAAUUUUGCUGAAUGUAAACCUUUUGCAGCCAACUGGGACGCCUCAAUCCCAUCUGCCUGUAUUGAUCGAAAUGCCUUUUAUAUUUGGACAAGUAUCCCGAAUAUUGCGACCGAUCUUGCCAUUUUGGCAUUGCCUAUACCUGUAGUGUGGAACCUUCAUGCAACCAGGCGUACAAAGAUACUUUUGACCAUAACUUUUGCUGUAGGGAGUCUGGGCCUAGUUACAUCUGUCAUAAGAUUUUCCAGCUUCUUCGGCUCUAACUCCUUUACCGACUCAACUUGGACUUCUGUCGAACAUAUGACUUGGACUCAGGUGGAGCCUGGUGUCUAUUUGAUAUCUGCAUGCCUACCGACGUGGAGACCCUUGAUCGAAAAGAUAUUACCUCGAAUUAUACACCCUUCGAAGACGUCGGCCCUUGGCUCAAACAAAAAGCAGACUCGCGGCAAUGACGGGAUACCAUUACAAGCUCAUAGAAGUAGUCAUGGAUUUCAGCGUCUCGAAGAUAGUUCUAGGAAGAAGUUUCCACAUCCUAACGAUAUCACGGUUACGGUAGAUUAUUCCGUCGUAGAUCAUGCGAAGGAGAAUAAUGAAGUAGUCAUCAGCCACGAUGUAAUGGUAUGAAGUGAAUGGGAGACUAUAGACACCGAGAUAAUCCUUAAGAAAGCCUAACCAGGCGGAAAUCAGAUCAGGAUGCUGUUGCAUGGGCCAUAUCUGAGGUGAAUCGGAGAUAGCUUGGAUAAGUUGGCAAUUAAUGAAUCGAUCAAUUCGUCCCCAAUUUGGCUCACUGUAUACCUUUUCGCUGGAAUGCUCUUGAUAUUAUGGGGUAAAGACAUUAUGUGGCAUCCUCGGCUCCGUCUCACUCACGGUCAAUCUGCAUCGUGAUAAAGCUGGCAUAUCCAACAUUAUGAGAAAAUAAUUGACC